ACAUAUCCAUGGACAAUGUUUAUGUCUGCUACACGUAGUCAACACGUCAGCUUACGCCAAUCUGUUCACAUGUGCUUCUUGAAGUAUGUUUCUUCGGAUAAUUGUAUUUAAUGUGUCAAAUUUAAUAUUUUUUGUACGUAAUUAUAAAAUUUUUUAAAUAUAAUAACGAAUAAAUUUAAUUCUUGAGGAAAGCGUAAAUAUGAGUGAUGUAGCAGAAUGUGUAGAGAGGUUAGAAAUAAACGGUGACAAGGAAAACGACGAUGUUGUAGAUCCUUGGACUGUUGUUAGUAAAUCAGACAGCGGCAUCGAUUAUGAAAAAUUAAUAAAGAGGUUCGGGUCGUCCCGGAUCGACGAGGAGUUGCUGGAGCGCUUCACGAGGGUGACAGGCAAGCCCCUGCACCGCUGGCUGCGGAGGGGCAUCUUCUUCUCGCACCGGGACCUGCACCGCAUCCUGACCCAGCACGAGCAGGGCAAGCCCUUCUACCUGUACACGGGGCGGGGCCCCUCGUCGGAGGCCAUGCACGUCGGCCACCUGGUGCCGUUCGUCAUCACCAAGUGGCUACAAGAUGUGUUUAAUGUUCCACUCGUCAUACAGCUCACUGAUGAUGAGAAAUACCUAUGGAGAGACGUCUCUAUGGAUAGUCUGGCCAGCAUCGUCAAAGAGAAUGUCAAGGACAUCAUUGCAUGUGGCUAUGAUGUUGAGAAGACGUUUAUUUUUUCUGACUUUCAGUUUGUUGGGAAAUGUCCAGAGUUCUACCGCAACAUGAUCCGAGUGGCAAAGUGUGUAUCGUUCAACCAGGCAAAAGGAAUUUUCGGGUUUGGUGACAGUGACCCGAUUGGCAAGAUCAUGUUUCCAGCAGUGCAGGCCACCCCUUCUUUUUCGUCCUCGUUCCCGUUCAUCUUCGGCUCUGCAAAUGUUCCUUGCCUGGUGCCGUGUGCUAUAGACCAGGAUCCGUACUUCCGCAUGACGCGGGAUGUGGCGCCGCGGUUGGGCUGCCAGAAGCCCGCCCUCAUGCACUCAGUUUUCUUCCCGGCGCUGCAGGGGGCCCGCACCAAGAUGUCUUCCAGCGACCCCCUGUCGUCCGUGUUCCUCAGCGACACUCCCAAGCAGAUCAAGAACAAGAUAAACAAGUAUGCCUUCUCUGGAGGGCAGGCCUCCGUACAGGAGCACCGGGAGAAAGGUGGGAACUGUGAAGUGGAUAUCUCAUACCAGUAUCUGCGCUUCUUUCUGGAAGACGAUGACAAGCUGGAGCAGAUCAGGAAGGACUACUCAAGUGGAGCCAUGCUGACAGGGGAGCUGAAGAAGGUGCUGAUCGACGUUCUGCAGGAGCUGGUGUCCACGCACCAGGCGCGGCGUGCCGAGGUCACAUGCGAUGUCAUCCAGCGAUUCAUGGAGCCUCGCAAGCUCAAGUUCAGCUUCUGAGCUCGCACCUCCUGCCGCCAGCUUUGUGCUUCGUGGAGUGGUGCUCACACUCGUGUGCUUGCCAUGCAGGAGGCUCUCGUGUAGCUUUGCAAAGCCGUGUUUGAUCGAAGUGUGGUUGAGAGUCUGACUUGUACCAGUUUCUCAGAAAGCCAGAAAGAGAAUUGGGUGAAUGAAAACAAAUCAUGUAUCAUGGUUUUUUCAGUUUUUUUUUUUUCUUCAAAAGAUUGCUUUCUUACUUAAUGGGCAAAGAAUACCAAAACUGUUGUACCUAAUUUCUUUUUUGUUCACUUUUAUCUAAACGGUGAUUAAAAAAAUUAUUCCAUUUCACAUGUACAUAUCGUGAUAUGCUUCUUUGACAGGUAGUAUAAAAAUAAAAUAAUUUUUGUUUCUUUUUA